AUGUCGUCACCGUGGUCUCUACCUGCUGCUCCACUCCCACCCCUCUUGCCAUUAAACAAUCCGAUUCCACGCAAGCAGCCCACCGCGCACGCAACCGACUCAGCUCCUAUAUUUUGUAUACGACAGCAAGCAGCGACCGAUGGCGCCACUUCCGCUUCCGGGAGACGGCGGCGACACGCAGGCGGCGCGACGACGAGGAUGGCGGCGUCGGGGAAGGAAGCGAUGGUGUGGGUGCGGAUACUGGAGGAGGGGGUGUUCCGGUUCGACGCGUCGGAGGCCGCGCGGGCGGCGGCGGGGCCCAGCCUCUCGUUCGCCGUGCCGCGGCGGCGAGAGGAGCCGCGCGCCGGAGGGGACCGCCCGGCGAUCGUGCCGGUGUGCGAGGUGGUGGGAGAUGUCCAGCGCGUCGUGGUUGAGCUUCCUUCUGGGACAUCUUUCUAUGGUACUGGAGAAUCAAGUGGGCCACUUGAGAGAACUGGAAAGCUGGUUAUUACUUGGAACACGGAUGCAUGGGAUUAUGGUCCAGGAACCACAUCACUAUAUCAGUCACACCCUUGGGUACUGGCUGUUCUUCCUGAUGGGAAGGCAUUGGGAGUCCUUGCUGACACUACUUGCCGCUGUGAGAUUGACUUACGGCAAGAAUCUACUAUGAAAUUUUCUGCUUCAUGCACUUACCCUGUCAUACUGUUUGGACCUUUUAAUACACCCUCUGAAGUUACCACAUCCUUGUCUCAUGCAAUUGGAACUGUGUCCAUGCCACCAAAAUGGUCACUCGGAUACCAUCAAUGUCGUUAUAGCUAUGACUCUUCUGAGAAAGUACUGCAGGUUGUUAAAACAUUUAGAGAAAGAGGCAUUCCUUGUGAUGUUGUAUGGAUGGAUAUUGAUUACAUGGAUGGUUUUAGGUGCUUUACGUUUAGCCAUCGUUUCCCUGAUCCGAAAUGUAUGGUUGAUGAUCUCCAUUCGGUUGGCUGCAAAGCAAUAUGGAUGCUUGACCCAGGAAUCAAGAAUGAGAGCGGUUACUUUGUGUUUGAUAGCGGUUUAGAAAGUGAUGUUUGGGUUCAAAAGGAAGACAAGCAGCCGUUCGUUGGAGAAGUAUGGCCUGGUGAUUGUGUUUUCCCUGAUUUUACUUGUGAAAGAGCCCGCUCCUGGUGGUCUGGCUUAGUAAGGCAGUUCGUCUCUAAUAGCGUUGAUGGAUUAUGGAAUGAUAUGAAUGAACCUGCUGUUUUUAAUACUGCCACCAAAACAAUGCCAGAAAGCAAUAUCCAUAGAGGAGAUGCUAAUAUUGGUGGUCUCCAGAAUCAUCCGUACUACCAUAACGUCUAUGGAAUGCUCAUGGCAAAAUCUACUUAUGAGGGAAUGAAAUUGGCCAAUCCAACUAAACGGCCAUUUGUUCUUACUCGAGCUGGUUUUAUAGGACAACAACGCUAUGCUGCUAUGUGGACUGGUGAUAAUGUAUCAAACUGGGAACAUCUCCACAUGAGUAUAGCCAUGGUUCUUCAGUUGGGUCUUAGUGGUCAACCAUUUGCAGGCCCAGAUAUUGGUGGGUUUGCUGGGAAUGCUACUCCAAAACUUUUUGGAAGAUGGAUGGGAGUGGGUGCAUUGUUUCCAUUUUCUCGUGGCCAUUCUGAUAAAGGAAGCUUGGACCAUGAGCCGUGGUCCUUUGGGGAAGAGUGUGAGGAGGUUUGUCGCCUUGCUUUACUAAGACGGUACCGGCUAUUACCACACAUUUAUACUCUAUUUUACCUUUCUCAUACGAACGGAACUCCUGUUGCUGCUCCAGUUUACUUCGCAGAUCCACAAGAUUUAGAGUUAAGGAAAAUUGAGACCUCAUUUCUCUUGGGAUCACUUCUAGUUUGUGCAAGCACUUGUCCUGAUAAAGGAGCUCAUGAAUCUUCACAGAAGCUGCCAAAGGGAAUUUGGUUGCCUUUUGAUUUUGGAGAUUCACACCCUGAUCUGCCGAUGAUGUAUUUACGAGGUGGAGCAGUACUUCCCAUAGGCCUUCCUCUCAAUCAUGUUGGUGAAGCAAAAUUGGAUGAUAAUUUGUCAUUGAUUAUUGCAUUAGAUGAAAAUGGAAAAGCUGAAGGUGUCCUCUUUGAAGAUGAUGGGGAUGGAUAUGAGUUCCUUCAAGGGAAUUAUCUUUUGACAUACUAUGUUGCAGAACUCCACUCAUCAGUGGUUACUGUUAAAGUUGCCCGAACUGAAGGAUCAUGGAAGAGACCAAAUCGCAACUUAAAAAUAAAUAUAUUGCUUGGAGGAGGUGCUAUGGUAAGUACGCACGGCAUUGAUGGGGAAGAUUUACAUCUAACAAUGCCUACUGAAUCUGAAGUGUCAAGUCUAGUGGCAACAAGUGAACUUGAGCUCAAAAAACGUUUUGAGAUGGUUCGACCUAUUCCAGACAUAGAUAAGCCAUUAGGGAAGGAAGUGGCUGAACUUUCUGAAAUACCUAUUGAUUUGAACGGCGAGGACUGGUUGGUUAAAGUUGUACCCCAGAUCGGUGGUCGUAUUAUCUCAAUGACACAUCUUCCAUCUGAUUCUCAAUGGCUACACAGCACAAAUAGGAUCAAUGGGUAUGAGGAAUAUAAUGCGGCUGAAGAUACUGCUGGCUGCACAGAAGAGUACAAAGUCAUUAGGUAUCGCGAGCAAUCAGGAAAAGAGGAAUCUAUUUGUUUGGAAGGAGAUAUUGGGGGUGGUUUGGUUCUUCAGCGCCAAAUAUCCAUUUGUAAGGAAAACCCAAAGAUUGUUAAGAUCGACUCCAGUAUUCGAGCAAAACAGGGAGCUGAUCAUUCUGGUGGGUUUUCAGGGUUGGCCUGUUUGAGGGUUCGUCCUAGUUUCAUUCUUCAGUACCCUACAGAGGUUUCUGUUGUGUUUACAGCAAGCAACGGUAUAAAGCGAGAAAUACUUCCAGAUUCUGGAGAAUUGACAUUUGAGGGAGUUCUUCGUCCCAAUGGGGAAUGGAUGCUAGUUGACAAACGUACGAAUCUGAGCCUGGUAAAUUGCUUCGAUCUCAGUCAGGUUAGUAUAUGUAAGUUGCAUUGGGGAACUGAUCAUUUGAACAUGGAACUGUGGUCGGAGCAAAGAGCAGUUUCUAAGGACACACCGUUAAGAAUUUGCCACCAUUAUGAGGUGAGAAAAAUAAACUAAAUCCUUGAAUGCACAUGGAGCAGAAAUAGGAUGACUAUCAAGGGACUUGUUUCCUGAACUAUUUUACCCAAUAAAUGUAAACUGAACCGAGUAAUGCCACAGUAAAGGUGUAUCACCAUUUUAGUUAUUGUCAUUGUGAAUGAAUAUGGUCAUGGUGUGAUUACAAUGUUCAUGUA